CCUGAAAGUGCUGCACCGAGUGACCCUAGACCAAACACUGCAGGUCUCACCAAAGCAGUCAGAGCUUAGAGGCUCACCAAAACGCAAACUUCCAGCUAUGAAACGUCUCAGAUUUCUGUGAAGUAACGUUUAAGAAACCUUCCUUGUGCACUCCUCAGUCUUUUUUUCUUUUUAUGAUAAGGUUCAUGUGAGCCACUAGCUACUGCCUGUGUUUUUGCUCUCAGUUCACCCUGUUCUUGAAUGUUAGCCAUCAAAACAGGCCUGGGUCCCAUCUGCCAUAUCUGAUGGUGGUCAUUAGGCAGUAAUAAGCUCAGGAAAGGUAUCAGAUUGGAGUCACCUGAAUGUUGGUGGUUUGCUCUUAUUAAACUCCACCCUCUAUAUCCUCUAUUAGCACUGAUAACCUUAAAUUGCUUUGCUGUAAUGUACCAUAUAUGAGUUCGUGAGACAGAAAAAGACUUCUUGUGUGCAUGCAUAUACACAAGCAAUACUUUCCAGAUGGGGCAAGAAAACAUGCUCCACUGCCUGCCCUCCCCUUCUGCCCCAUCACUGUUGGUUGAACUUAUUUUGAUUUUUCUGUGAAAGGCUUGCGUGCGUUGCCAUUUUACUUGAGUGGAAUAGAACAAAAGGAGCUUUGUUGCUGGAUCUGGGUUUGGGUUAGAGGGAGUGUGUGUGUAUAUAUUGGAGGUUUGGUGGUGUGUACCAUGUGGCCAGACCACUAACUGUUGUGCAGAGCAGUAUAUGGCUUACAGAAGGGGUGUGAGUGAGGCCAGAGGAAGCUGUCAGCGAUGCCUAUCUGUAACGGUCUUACUCAGACAGGGAAUGCUAUUGAAGUCGAUGCAGCCAGAAAUUCUUUUUGGUCGGGGCUCAGAAUAGCGGAGCGAAAAAAAGAAAAAGUAAAGAAAUGCAUUAUUCAGGGCCAUGUAGAAUGAUGAUGACCGAAAAGGAGAUUGUUUAUUUCAGCUCCAGACAAGCUCGAUUGUUUUUGCGCAGCCCAUUUUCCUCUAGAUGGAAAAUUGGAUGGAAAAUCAAUGAAACACAAGGAAAAAACAUCUGAACCAAAACGCCAGACAGACUUCGUCUUAGCCCAGAGAAGGUUUGGCAAUACACGUUGUCACUUAUUUGAAACAUUACGUUUACGUGAAUAUAAUUAUACUCGGCUGUAACAUGUAAAUGAACAAAUGUAAUUUUCUCACUUUGUGAUUUUCGAUAUCACACUGAAUGCUGCUUUAUUUUAUUUCAUUAAGUUGGGGCAGCUUUGUUAUUUUGAGGUCUUACCGCAGUACCUUUCUACUUACCUAAUAUUUAUUUUGUCUGUGUCAGUUAUUUUUUGUUUGAGCUGCCAGUACAGAGCCCAUGAAACCACAAAGCCUCACCUUUUUAUGGCCUUGACACAAAGCCACAUUCAUUACUAAUAAUUUCCUUAAAAUGCAAUUUAGCAAACUUGGUAACCUAGAAGAUAAAUACUAAUUUUACUUAACAUUUUUGUAUUAUCGUUAAAAACAUCAGAAAUGUUCAAUCUUUAUUUAUCAGUUGAGAAAAAUGAAUCAGGUAAUUCAUCAACGUUAUCACUUUGAAAGGGUGCUACAUAAUUCGAUUUUUAUCCUCAAGAUUUUCCAUAAUUUCUGACCUUCUAAAUGUAGGACAGAGGAAAGACGAUAGGCCCUUGCUUUCUUCAAAGACAUGGUUCGUUGGCCCAUGAGGGCCAUCUGUUAUGUGUUAGAAACGAGAUGCCUGCUAGUGGCUUCCCAGGAAUCACAGGCCAGUGCCAGCAUCCACAAAUUCAGAUUCCCCCUUUUUUUAUACAAUUCUUAAACAUUCCUGUUUUUCUCAUUUCCGUGAAUUUAGUGACUUUCUUUUUUCCCUCAUUUCACCUCGUCGUGUUUGCUUUUUCACCAGUUCAAAGCUAUAUUUGAGUUUGAAUUACAUUUUUUAAAUUUUGUUUUGAAACAAGGCCGUGUCCACAGCAUUGUUAUUUUAACCCUGACCUCUCCUUCAGAGCUAGAUGUUAGGAUUUUGACCUGUACAUCUGUCUGUCUGAUGAAAAGGGUGCUUCUACAAAAGUCAGCUUUACUGUGAUAUCAUAGCAUUCUGUUAAAAAUACUUUUUUCCCUCUAUUUAACACCAUAACUCUGAAACAGAAGGGAAGAUUGCUUUUUAUUUCACACUCAAAGAUCAAACCAUGUAAAGCAGUCGUGAUGUUAAUGAUUUAAAGUGCAACUUGGCUGAUUAACUAUAAUCAGAUUUUUUUUCACAGACGUAUAAUUCACAUCUUUACUCUUGCCAGAUAACACAAAUAUUUCCUUUAUUUAAAACACUGAUUUCUGAUGGAGAGCUGUAAGUGUGUCCAUGCACUCUGGGUUUUAUAGUUUUGUCCUUUUUUGAGGUAAGAUCAAAUCUUCACUGAACCAGUAAUACAAAGUGCUAAAUUUUACCUAUAAAUGUCUACAAGAAAAGGUCACGUGUACACAACACACCUUGUGUGUCAUCAUAUAUGUCAUCAGUGUUGAGGAAGAGCAAGAUUUUCAAUUGAAUUGUGCUAUCUACUAAAAAAAGCAAAACCAUGAAACACAUAAGAAUUCCUAAUGUGUAAAACCAGAGACCAAAACAAAAGAAUGGAGAGAAAUUCUUUUUUAGUCAUCUUAGUUUAGCACAGUGCACCUCACUGGUUCUCAAAUUAAACCAUUCAUAUUUUUCCAUAAGUUAUUAUGAGGAGAAAUGUGCGGGAAAUCCAUGGUUUUGUCCAUAUCUGGUUUUGAGGGAGGCUGGGAGAGUGUGCCAUUCAAGGAGUGCUGAUCCCCAAGGACCUUGGAACUGAACUGUGUGCGAAUGACCUUAAAUGGGCAGAGAUCAACCUGAAGCUGCAUCGUAUUGUAUAGAGCCCAGAGAUCGGAGAGAUUAGCAUUACUUCACAUAAGUCAAUGACAUAAUUAUUCCUGUUUAUUUAUAACAAGUCCAGAGUUUUGCCCAGAAGAGAUGCAUAAGUAUAAUUUCAAUGUAUCUCUCAUUAAUAGAAUAAAUAUAAGUUUAAUUGGCAAACUAAAGCCACCUCACCAACACAAUUAGUUAUACAUCUUAUGUAUACAACCUUCAUGUGCAAUCUAGAAUAGCUUUUGUUAUACACUGUAUCAGAAAUACUACACUCUCCCAGGUUCUAUGUAAUGAUUAAAUGUUACCGUGAUUUGUUUUUGCACCUAAUCCUCUGGUAUUUGUUUCAGUUCUUGUAGGGAUGAUGUUACCUGAACUGUCAGCACUGUCUUCCUGUGAAAUAGUGGUGACUGACAGAUAUAUUAUGGAGACAUCUAUUUCUUGAAUUCACAACAUCCAUCAGCUCACUAAGCUUGCUGUUGCUAAACUAAAUAUGUUUUGGCCACUUGGGGGCAGUGGAAAAAAAUGUGAACACAGCAGUGACAUACAGAAAGUUUUUUUUUUAACAGUAUUUUGGUGAUUUUUAAGUGACCCUGAACUGAAUAAGUGCAUAAGGUGGAUAUAUUUAAAGAUUUAUAUUUUAAUAUUAGGAUAUAGAAGUAUUUCAUUCAGGCUGAACUCUUACUGUAGCAGGGGCACCUUUUGAUAUUUUUUUCCAGCAGAUAAUCCCUUGGGUUUGCAUUUGUUUAAUUAACUUUUUAUCCUUUGGGGGGCGUUUUAGAUCAUACUUAAGCCCCAAACUCAGUCACCAGCAGUCUCAGUGGUAGCAUGCUGCUUUUAGAGCAAGGUUUACACUUCAGCUCCAAGGAGAUAAAGGCAGAGAGCGAUGCUGUGGGUCAGGUGAAGCUGGAAAACUCCAACCUGAAAGCUGGAUAGAUUUCUGGAAAAAUAAGAGCUGGAUGGGAAAGGGAGUAUAUGUUUGUGUAAAGGCAGAUCUUUUUCUGUAUGUGUGUGAAUAUUGUGAGACAUGGACCUCCCGUCUGUGCAGCCUAGUGCAGAACUGCUGCCUGAGAGCAGCUCUGCUCGAUGAGGUACAACAAUGGGAGGUACUUAGUGGUACUAGUGGUGAAGUGCACACACACACAUGCAUGUACAGACAGAGAGAGGCACACCCGUCUGCCUCCCCGGUGUAUGCUAGCAGUGUGUAGUUUAGUCUAAUUGGACAAAAACAGCAUCUCUUUGCAGGGCAGAUGAGUUACGAACAGGACAGUUACUUCACAACUUCUGCUCCAUGACAUCAGCCAAAACAGCCCCAAACCUCCCCCUCAUAGUGGCUUGUCCAAAAUGCCAGCUUCCCUUAAUUGGCACUCAGAAAUAGCGAGAGCUUAGGAAUAGGGAGGAAAAAAUAGAGAGGAAGUAAAGGAGAAAAGGGGAAGGAAAAAUUGGUAUAAUAGUGAAAUGCAGUGAGCAUAUUUUGGCAGGAUUUUAGCAGUGAUGGGGUGAAGAAAGACUAAUGUCAGUGGGGGGUUGGGGGACACAUUGUGAAUAAGCAACUGCGUAUCUGCUGAACUGAGACUUGCUGUAUCUAUUAGCAUGCAUGUUUAUAUCACAUGAAUUUUCUGUAUUUUGCUGUUAUUUCUGUAAUUUAUUGCCACACAUUAUGAAGGUUUUUACCUCAGCAGGGCGUACAGUGUUUGCAAUAUAUGCAUCCCAAGAGUGGCACAUGAAAUGAGCAGGAAAUGUUGUGUAUGAGCUGAUUUACAACACAUUCAUAAAUCACACUUGAUAUUCCACUUUGAGCACACACUCUGAAAUGCGGCUCACUCUCUCUUUCAGUGGAAACAUAAUACUCUCUUCCCUGUUUGGCUGCCUGGCUCUACAUAAAAAUGUCAUACCCAUCUAUUUGCUAGUGUGCUUAUCUGCAAACGAGUCCAGUCCAGCGUGAAUGUAAAUGUAUAGAUUUCAUUCAUUCUUGCACGUCUCUGAAUCUGAACAAGCAGAGGAGUCUUCUGUGUGUGUUUGUGUGUCUGUAUGUGGGGAGUAGGAGAAAGAAGUGAGUGAGCAGAGAGGAGAGAUAAAAGGAGACAGAUGAAUGUGUGUUAAUGCAUGCCUCACCUCACAUCCCCCCUCUACUCCCUUCAAGCCGAGGGAGGAACAUUUUUUCCAUAUUUCUGUUAACGUUCAAAGCUUUGUGCAUUGUCUGCUGGUCCAGUUUUGGUACUCAUUUAUUACACUCCAUUAUUGCACGAAGGACACUACCAGUCUUAAAUGUCAGGGCUGAUGCACAGAAAUAGAUGUUAGUUAAAGACCAAAAUGAAACAUAGCACUCAGUAUGCCAAGUACAUGUCAGAUCUGGUCAUUGAGUGUCUAAUAAUAGUCCAAAGAUUUGUUAUAAUACUGUAAAUGAAAACAUUUUUUCCUAUUUGUCGUGCUUUGAAGCGGCACCACUAAAAGAACGCCUGCAAUCAACCUUACGCAACAAGUACAAAAGCCCCCACCCCCCGCUGUGGGACUUGUAGGAUCAUAAUCUGGCAGCUUCUAGCUUAAGAGCAUAUUAAAAGAUUCUCUCAUAUUCAUUAAUUUUGAAUGUGUCUCCAGAGCGGUGGAUUUCUUCUUUGCUCUAUAGCUGUUUUUUUGUUAAUUGGUAGUGCAGGCAGUAUUUGUUCAGUUUGUAACACAGUUUGCUGUCGUCUUUCUUUGCCGUCUUUGUUUUAUCUUGUUUCUGUUGCUGUCAAAUCAACUGUUUCUCAGCCCAUUUUGAGUUGUGCUCCUUCGCUCGCACGGUGUUUGGCAGCCAUAUCAGCAUCAGACAAAUGGAGACGUUCAGCAGUGCCUUUCAAGAAUCCUCUAGCGAAUUGCCCUUUCAAUCACAGUUGCUUAAAACAUCCAUUAUAAGCAAAGAAAACGAGAGAGCGAUGGAGGCUGUGAUGGGGAGAGAGAAAGGAAAGCUGUGACCUGUCUGUAUCUUUACAGAUAUGUGGUGAACCACUGUGCUGCCUGAGCCUGGGAAUUGAUAAUGCAUAAGUUUGUCUGCAGUCCAGAAUUGUAUUUUCUAUCUGCUUUAGAUCCCUCUUCAUGUACAGAGUGCUGAAAUGCUGCAUAGUCAAUGCACUGGUUUGAAGUACUCUGUUUGUAUGGCUAAUGGGUGAGGCAGCCAGGCUUCUCUGUUUACCCUGACAGAAACAUCCUGACAGGAGUGUGCCACCACCCUGCCACCGGACAGAAAGAUGAUGGAGGCACAGUUCUGCCAGCUGUUGAAGUGCCUGACGGUGCACCUCAGUGAUGCGUGCGCUUGUGUGUGCCUGCAUGGUGGUUCAGUGCCAGCUGAUACUCAGCCUUCUCUUGUUUCCAUUGAUGCCCCGUAGAGGAACCUGAGUGGGUGCUGUGAUGCUGCCUGUCUUUGUUGCAGUAAUCAGGUGGUGAUUUCCACACAGUUGGACUGUAGCCUGUGAAAGGAUGUGCCCAGGAAAAUUGAGAUGGGCUCGCACGCUGAGUCAUAAGCUUAGCUGCUUCAGGCCUGAGAAAGGCUGUUUGUUGAUCAAAUAGUAAUUGUGCCUCAAAAUAUGUGGCAUGUCUUGAAACAAGUUUUAUUUUCCUUCUCACGCUAGUUAUAUCUCGAGUUGGAUGCAUUUGCUUUACUUACUGACAUUUCAACAGCCUCUGCUUUCACAUGCAUGGAGAAGGAGCCAUAAUCCAGAUGUUAAUUGACUUUAAUGUGCUUUGAUGUAAAGUACACAUCUAAAUAUUGCAUGCUUUGUGUACAGCGCCUUGUUAAGAAUUGCCCUGUGUAGCUUUCAGGUUGAUCAGAUUGACUUAGAAAGAAAGGGAAACAAUUCUACAGUGUUCCUCUUUUGAAUAUGCACACUCACAGCUAAUGCUACACACAAAUGCCCAAAUGUGCUCCAUGCUCGAUCCGAUUUAGUCGCAGACACAUUUACCCAAAGACACAUUUGCUCGCAAAAAGAUGUUGGUCAAAGAUUGCAGCUGCUGCUGAAGAUUUUUGGGUAAAAGCACCUCUGAGUGAAACUAAAAAUUCUAAAAAUGUCACUCAUCAGGUUUUCGAAAUGCAUGUAUUAGUUUGAUCGGUGUACUUUGAAGAGCAUAUUUUAUUAUCCUAGUUGAUCGCUUUGGUGAUUAUGUCUAAAUAUACUCAUUUGCCACUUCAUUAGGUCUAAGUUGUAGGUCUCGUACCAGGUUGGACUCACUUUUUUCUUCAAAAUUGCCUUAAUUCUUCAUAUCAUAGAUUCAAAAGGUGCUGACAACAUGUUAGCAUUCUUCUGAUUUGUCAGUUACACAUUCAUAAUGUAAAACACUGUAUCCAUCCAGAAACCAGUUUGAGAUGAUCUGAGCUUUGUGACGUGACACGCUAUCCUGCUAGAUGCAGCCAUGGUCAUGAUCAUCAGCAAUAUUCAUGUAGGCUGUGGCUUCUAAAUAAUGCUCAGUUGGUACUAAGGGGAACAAAGUAUGACAAAACCCCAUCCCCCACAGCAUAACACCACUCGCAGUAGCCUCAACCAUUGAUACAAAGCAGUAUCCAGAGCAAUGCUUUCAUGUUGUGCAUGCCAGAUUUUGUCUCCUGCCAUCUGAAUGUUGCAGGAAAAUUUGAGACUCAUCAGGCCAGAUACCAGUUUUCCAAUCUCCUGUUGUGCAAUUUUGGCAAGCCAGUGUGAAUUGUAGCCUCAGCUUUGUGCUCUUGGCUGUCAGGGCUGGCCCUCUGUGUGGUCCUCUGCUGCUCUUCUGUAUUUACUGUUGCCUUUCUAUUAGCUUGAAGCAGUCUGGCCGUUCUCCUCUGACCUCUGGCUUCAAAACAGCAUUAUGACCCAGAGAGCUGCUGCUCACUGCGCAUUUUUUCUUUUUUGGGCUUUAAACACUCGAGAUGGUUAUAAACAAACAUCCCAGCAGAUCAGCAGUUUCAGAAAUACUCAGACCAGCCUGUCUAAGUAUUUCUGAUGCUAAGUUUGAACCUCAGGAUGUUAUCUUGAUCACGUCUACAUGCCUAAAUACACUGAGCUGCUGCCAUUUGAUUGGCUGAUUAGAUAUUUGAGGUUGAACAGGUAUACCUCACAAAGUGGGUGUGUAUCACAAGAUGAAGUUACACUAUAUGGUGAUAACAUGGUGUAACUAUAUUACAGUGCAAAGCCCAAUUCCCUUACGGGGGGAAACUUUGUCACUGAUACAAAACUGCUUUAUUCCACGAGCUUCUUUGGUUAGACUGUCCCACUGUGUACUUCAGAACAGGAAAUUAUCAGCCCAAAUGAUUGAUGGUACACACACACGCACGCACACACAUCAAGAAUGCCAACAUUGUGAAAUAUGAGACCGCCUGUUCCCUCCAUGGAAACACACUUUGCGAGCUCUGUGAUCAUAAAUGAGCGCAGAAGUCAAUAUUGGAGCUGUCCCAGCCAGAAAAGCCCACUCUAAGCCACAACCCACGAAGAAACAUUCCUAAACUGUCAGAAAGAGUCUGAUACUGGCUGGACAAUGCAUGACACCUUCAGCAUAACAUGGCCAUUCUGCUGUAAAUAGCACCGUGUAUCACUGCAGACCUGGGUGUUACUAUUUCAACAGCCAGCUCUGAGCAGACACAAGAGAGCGUGUCAUUUCAUCUGAUCUCGGAGUUGGCUAUGUGAGAGCCCCUUUAAGCAUUACUUAUGCUAAAAUGAGACUCAACCAUGUAGAAAAGAGGAUAACAGACAAGAUGGGGGGCAGCAGACGAGAGAGGAAACAGAAGGGAGCAGAGGAAAAAAACAGCUGAGAGGAGGGAAGAGAGAAAACUAUGGGAGUGGGAAAGCUAUCCUGGAAUAGCCAGCGACUAGAGCUACAGACUCCACCCUUCUCACCCCUCCCCUUACUCUCUCUCGUUCCCUUUCCCUUGCAAUCGCUCUCUCUCCCCCCCUCUCUCUGAAGCAGUCUCCCAGUGUGUCAUUUGACCAGGCAGUUCACAGAGGCGAGAGCUCAGCACCAAAAAGAAAGCAGUGGGAAAAAAGAGACAGAGACAGAAGGAGCACGUUCAGCAUAACGAUAAGCUUGCUGGAAUGUUUCUCUCACUGUUUAUCAUCAGAUACAAAGCCCUGUGAGUGCGGAUUUCUUCUUGGCUUAUUGCUUUUGGGGACUCUUACACUUGGUUUCUUGGAUAUGGGUUUUAACUCUGCGUGCAGUCAGCUGAAGAGGAGGAUCAACUGACACCUUUUUGGGGGAUUUACACUUUUUGAGGAGUAAACCUCUACUUGUGUGAGGGUGACGAAGAGAGACCAAGAAAAGAGAAGAAAAGGAGAGCCAGAGAUAGAUAGAGAGAUAGAGAGAGAGAAAGAGUGCCCGGGCCAUGCCCACCUCAGCUCAUGGUUCAACAGCAUGAAAGGGGGCCACCAUCACCAUCGCCACCACAGAGGCUGUGGCUGCCAACACUUGUUCCGUAAAGUCCUGGCCAAGUGUGGCUGCUGCUAUGCACGAGUCAGAGACUCGUAUUCGGCAGCAGGCAGUGAGGGCAGCAUCUCCACCUCCGUGGCGUCGCUGCCCCCACAGGCAUCAGGCAGCUCGGCCCCCAGCUCCCCCGGCUCCAGGCGCUCUGUGAGCACCCUUAAAAAAUGGCUCACAAACCCAGUCCGCAAACUUAGCGCUGGAUCCACCGCCAAAGGAGAGCGUCAGGUCCGCAAACUUGAGGGAAAGCCUGCAUGUCUUCCAUCCCACAGCCAGAACCAAGAUAUGGGGAGCCUCCCAAGGCCUGUAGAGAGUCUCACCAUCUUGCCUGUCACCCACAGAGAACCGGAGUGGAAAGAUGGCCUGGCAAGCCCUGAGGACCUGUCACCAGCUACUCUACAGUCACCCAGCUGCAUAACUGACUCGCUGAUUGGCUGCACGUCACUGCCAAACGCCCAGGACACGCAGUCCAUCGGUGUUCUGCCAGAUGACAGCGAGUCCGUCUUGAUGGACGACACCUCCAGCCAAUGGUCAGCUGCGGCUGACACCGAGGAGGAGAGGAAGAGUGCCUUAGAGAAAAGCAUGUAUGUGCUGAAGGAGCUUAUUGAGACUGAGAAGUACUACGUGUCAGACCUGGGGCUCAUAGUGGAGGGCUACAUGGCCACAAUGAGCGCCAAAGGUGUGCAGGAGGACAUGAAGGGAAAAGACAAAAUUGUUUUUGGGAACAUUCAUCAAAUAUUUGACUGGCAUAAAGACUACUUCCUGGGAGAGCUGGAGAAGUGUUUGGCAGAGCCAGAGCGGCUGGCUCAGCUCUUCAUUAAACAUGAGAGGCGCCUGCAUAUGUAUGUUGUGUACUGUCAGAACAAACCCAAGUCAGAACACAUUGUCUCAGAAUACAUCGAGACUUACUUUGAGGAGCUCCGGCAGCAGCUGGGCCACAGGCUGCAGCUGAACGACCUGCUCAUCAAACCUGUCCAGAGGAUCAUGAAGUAUCAGCUUCUGCUCAAGGACUUCCUAAAGUAUUACACCAAAGCUGGGAUGGACACAGAGGAGCUGGAGAAAGCAGUAGAAGUGAUGUGUUUUGUGCCAAAACGUUGCAAUGACAUGAUGAAUGUGGGCAGACUACAAGGUUUUGAGGGUAAGAUCACAGCCCAGGGCAAGCUUCUCCAGCAGGACACCUUCACUGUUAUAGAGCAGGACAGUGGCUUCCUGUCUCGUGCCAAGGAAAGACGCGUCUUCCUGUUUGAGCAGUUGGUCAUCUUUAGCGAGCCGAUAGACAGGAAGAAAGGCUUUUCACUCCCUGGAUACAUAUUUAAAAACAGCAUCAAGGUGAGCUGCCUGGGGCUGGAGCCCAGUGUGGACAGCGAUGAUGCGCGCUUUGUGCUGACAUCACGCAAUCCCGAUGGAAGUGUGGUGCGCUUCCAGAUGCAGGCCUCCUCCCCAGAGAUAGGAAGGGCCUGGGUCAAUGAUGUAGUUCAGAUCUUGGAAAGCCAGCGCAACUUCCUUAAUGCCUUACAGUCGCCUAUUGAGUACCAGCGGCGAGAGAGCAAGUCUAAUAGCCUGGGCCGCAGUAUGAGGCCCCCUCUGUCUGCUGCCAGUGCCCUGCGGCCUCACUCCUCUGCCUCCAUUGACCGUCAUAAACUGCCCUCCCUUCACUCUCACAACACCUCCCUUCCUGCGCUCUACCUUCCAAGCCAAGGCCAGAGCCAAGGAUCCAAUGAGACCUACUCGCUGAGGGAUCCCACUGUGGUCCAGCCAUGCCCUGCUGACUCCCACACUGUUUCUCCAUCACAUGUCCGACUUGGCUUAACUGAUCAGCCAAACUGUCAAGCUGUGUCAAAUGGGCUGUACACCCCAACCACACAAAGUGUACAGGUAGUGUAUACGUAUGCACAAAUCAGUCUGUGGGGUUGGUCCGAUGGUACACAUGUAAUUAUUUCGCACAAAACGUCACAAUUAAUUAAUAGCAAAAAAGCGUCACAAAGCUCUACAGUGGGAAAUAAGGUCUAAUUAACGUUACACUGAUUUCCUUAAAGGCAUUUACCAUUAAAAUGGUAACUAUUUUUUCAGACACACCGUAGAGACAUUGUUGAGUCAUAAAAAGAGUUAUUUCCCCCCCUGUUGGAUGGUAAAGGAAUUAUUAAAACUCUGAACAUUUUUGAAGGAAACCCGAUUACAACAGCUUCACAGUAAGAAUUCGGGUCUCGCUGUCCUGGAAGCUCGGAAUUUUAUUCAAAAAUAGGAGCAUCCUGUUAUUGGGAUUCCGUGCAUUACCAUUAGCAGAGUUUCCCUCUGUCAUCACUUGGCUCGUGUCCGUAGAGGGACUGCGCUGACCGGUCAGAAGUUGUUGUUCUUCGUUUCGCUCUCUGUUUACUCAGGUUGGACAGACUUGGCACACAACAAACAGGAAGUAGGCAGAGACAGAAUUCAGCAAAAGGAAGUCAGAAAAAGAUGCCUAUCAAACGCAGAUAAUCGUUUCCUAUACUUGUGCUGGGGAACAUACAGAAGAUGGGUGGGCCAGUGCGUUUUUCAGGCUGAGGCUGUAAAAGAAAAGUGCUGGGAUAGAACGGUGUAUCGUGUUGUUUUUGAUAUGAAAAUCAAAAUGCGGUAUAUCUUUGUGAUGAACAUCCCCU